GCGCUGAGGUGUUCACUCUGCCGCCGCUCAUGUCGUGGCGUCUUGAUCGCAGUGGGCCCCUCUCGAUCGACAUCGAAAACAGGCGGGCGGGGGCGCAUUUAUUUACGCAGAUCGAAGGCCACCGGCGCAGGGCUGGCGUUUGCCGUCGCAAAGUGCAGGGGCUCUACGUCGUGCGCCGCCCGCCCAACCGCUUGGGGUGCCUCCUGUGGGCCCCUUUUGCGAUUCUACAAGGUCAAAUGACAACUUUCGCCAUUUCGUUCUCCGCGAAGUUGCGGAACUGGCGCGGCGCAUGCAGAAAGACCGGCCGCGCCAGACCACCCGCGGCGCGGCGCCGGAGUGGCGCCGCCAUGGCCCGCUUUCGUUGCGCGAGAGCAGCCCGGCGCGUCUCGACGCCGGCCGGCGCGCCC